AUGGAGGAAGUUAAAUGCAUUGAGAGCGCUGAAAUCCAACCAUCUCCAUCCAGCAUUGUUCCUCCUCCGCUGAGGGAUGGUGAGUGUUACCAUGUCUUCAUCAGCUACAGCAGCACUGACUACCAGUGGACCCACUCCCUCAUUGAGCAGCUGGAGUCCUGCGGCCUGCAGGUCUGCUACCAUGAGCGUGACUUCACUCCAGGACGCACCGUGUUGGAGAACAUGUCAGACUGCAUCCAGGAGAGCCAGAAAGUCCUGCUGGUCCUCAGUCCAGAGUUUGUGAGGAGCCGCUGGUGUCUCCUGGAGGCCAACAUGUCUCUGUUCAGGGACUGCCUGGAGAGGAAGCCAAUAGUUCCAGUGCUGCUGGAGCCUGGAGUCUCUAUUCCUCUCCACCUCUGCCACCUCACCUACCUGGAGGUCAACGACCCUGACUUUAAGAGUAAGCUGCUCAAGGUGCUCUGCACCCCCAACCAACAGCUGCAGGGCUCCACUGUGGUUCCCUUCCAGCCUCCCUCCAUCUACAACGGGAAGGCCCUGCAGCCUUUGUCUGCUGUCAAUAAUGAAAGACUGAACAAAUGGGAAUCAGGUCUGUUCAGUGAGAUGGAGGUUCCAGACCAACUGCGCCUGAUCAUUGAGGACCACAACAAGUACAGAGAGGCUGUGAGGAUCAUCAACAGUGUCUCUCAAAAUAGAGUGUACACUGUCUGGACUAGAUCACUUAUGUUAUUUAUUGGUUUUAUGGUAUUUGGUCUCACAUGGUUCGCUUCUGUUUUUUUGACAAUAUGGGCAGCUACUCAUAAUGAUGGACAUAACAAAACAGAACUUUGGGUGCGUAUUGUCCCCUUUCUGUACUUAGUUUCAAUAGGAUUGAUUAUGCCGUUAUCUUUGUGGAAAAAGGAUGAAAGAAAAUACACAGUUAAGGAGAUGCAGAAAGCUGCAGGCAGAGCAAACAUGAUCCUCUUUGAGGAGAAAGUGUUAAUGGGAUGUAUGUCUAAUUCCCAAAUCUUUCUGGUGUAUGUUUCUCUGGACAGGUGUAAACAAGAGUUUGCAGAAACAUUUUCUGAGCAGGAUGUUGCUGAGGAGAUGUUUCAGAGAGCUAUACUGUUCUUCUCAUCAGGUUACACCUGCUGCCUUGCUAAAAGGCACUUUCCCUUUAUCCAGCCCAGCUCCACUGGUCACCUGGAGGGAGGAGUGUGUUUCUGUCAGUAUGUCUCCCAGCAGCUGAGUACAGAGACAUGGGAGUAGGAGAAACAGGAAGGAUUUCAGUUAUAGGGCCAGUUUUAAGUUCUUGUGAUGCCUUUUAUCAGCAAUUUCAUCAGGAAUGGACCUGAAUAAUAUCAUUCACAAUAAUAGUGCACAAUUUUUUGUUCCUCCUCAUUCUUUGUAUUAAUUUUCUGUUCUUUUAUGUUCUACUUCCUCAUGAAAUUCUGUGUACAAUGGUAGACCAUGAAAAUUUUACAUUUAUGAGUAAACUAAAGUAGUCCAGAUUUCUAUGUUGUGAUGACUCAUGUCAACCACUUUUACUCAGCAGGGCAUUUUAUGGUGCCGAUUGUAUUCAUGCCAGUAUGUGAUCAAACAGCUGAUCUGUGGAGAGAUGAAGGAAAAAAUAUCGAACAUGAGAAAGAAAAAGUGUUCUUGUUGAUUAAACCCUGUAAGAAGACUGGUCCUGCUCAGAUGACCAAAUUAUGAAUACUACAGCCUCUGUAGAAGGAUAUAUUUUAGCACUACAACUUUGAACGUGUCAAUGUUUUGACUUGUUUUCGAAUCAAUGUUGUAUUUUUAAUGAUGACACUGCCCCUUUAACACACCUUGAAAAAAAAAAAGGAUAGGUGAGGGUGCUCUCAAGUUUCUGUUUCCUAAGUUUCUCUUUUGCUCAGUGACUCACUGUGAUCGCUACUGUUUUUCUUCCCUGUACAUGAAAAGGUAUGGACAUAAAAUGACUGUAUUUUUAAGAUUGUUUUAGUUUUUAUUCUUAUGAAGGAUAAAGGAUACUGUUGUUGUCUUUGCAAAAUCUGUGGUACAUAAAAAGCUGUAACUGCAGAAAACUGUCCAAGAGCUUUUUGCCAAUAAUUAACUUUCUUGCCCUUUUUGUCAAUGUACUUGUAGUUUUUGUAAAAGUGACUCUGGUGUGCCACAAACCUGAAUCUCUUAGACAAUAAACUGUUCUGACAAAUGUGUGGGAGUGGAGAACUUAAUGUCUGAGUUUAAAUUGACUGAAGAUGUUUUGUUAAUAUUCUGCAGAUCUGAUCAAGAUAGAAACAUUCAACAGAGAUAAAAAAGAAAAGAACAAGUUUUUAAUCUUAAUUGCACUUUUAACUAGUCAUGUGUUUUCUGAUUAACCAAGUCAAAAUAACUCUAAAAGAGAGAGAGAAAGAGAAAGGAUUAUUUACUGAAAGCCAUUAGGGCUGGGGCGAUACGUAGAUUCAAAAAACAAGCGUCAACACGUCGCAUGAUGACGUAGACAAUGGCUACUUCAGGUAAAGGUGGAAGCAUGGACGGCAAACGAGCUCCACCUAAUGCGGUCGAUUUAAAACCUACUUUAGCAUGAUCUAUGAACAGCCCUUCUUGAUCAAUGCUUUUGUUCUUCAUGGCUUCCUCAUUCACAUUUCCAAGCUCGCGCUGCUUUCAUUCAAGUAGACAUGUACUGACCUGUCAAUCAAAUAACCGGCCGCUGGUGCAGCAAAUGCCACAAUGAAUGCUGCAUCAUACACUCUGCAUCCCAUGUCUGAUUCAUUCACUUUAAGAUGUUAGCUUGGAGUUGAAACAUCAUUUUGUGCUUUUAUUUGUCCUAGAAUCCAUAAAAUUGUUUAAAAAAACUGUGUGGGAAUUGGACCAGUGCAAAAGUCUCCAGUGUUUCCUCGGGUAAAUCCAGUGAUCCAGGUGUGUUGGCAGUUAAAAUCUAUUGAGAUAAAAGACUGGGUCUGAUGUUGUCGAUUUUACUUCUGAAGUGGUCUACAAACUCCUCACAAAGGGUAUCAGAGGAUGACCCAGGGGUUCUGUUAAAAUCAUUGUUUGUUAAAGAUCAAUUGUAGUAAAAAGAAAUCUGGGGUUAUGUUUAUUGUCAGUGAUAAGUUUUUUGUAGUGGGAAGUUCUGGCCUUUUUGACUGCGCUAUUGAAGGUUUUGAGGUGGUGUUUAAAAAUUUCAAGGUGGACCGUUAAUUUAGAUUUCCUCCAUGUCCUUUCAGCACUCCUGCAAUUGCGUUAGAGCUGCUUGAUAUGCUCAUUUCUCCAUGGGGGUCUUGCUUUUUUCUUGAUUGUUUCAGUUAAAAGUGGAGCAACUGAGUCCAGUCUUGAGCUUAGAUUGUUGUUAAAAUUGUCAACGAUAAAAUCACAGGAUGCUGGUAAAAUUUAUGAAGAGGUGUUCUGUAGGAUGUGAAUAAAAUUUGCAGCCACUUCAGAAGUUAGGUAGUGUUUCCUCACUGUUCUGACUGGGUUCCCCCUCUGGUUAAAAAUGCUGAUUGAAAAAAACACACAAAAAUGGUCAGACACAGCCAGAUCCACAACAGAGGGCACACCGACGGACAGGCCAUAGCUUAUGACCAGGUCCAGCAUGCGCCCUCUGCUGUGGGUCAGCUGUGUCACAUGCUGCUGAAAAAAAUGUUCUUCCUUAAGCUGCGUCACCCCACUGUAAUUCGUAAUGGAUUGGCCGGAGGUCUCGCUACAAACAAGUGGCUGCUGGAAGAGAGACGGUGAGUUGUGUUUAGUCUCUUUGCUAAAGAAAUCAGGCAAAGUUAAAAAGAUGUUUGGGGGCUAGUGCUGUGGCUGGGACCCUAUAUGUACUGUUGAUGAAGUUAGGUGCUGUUCUGAGCAUUAUUUUUGGCUAUAGAGUGGCGUUUUGGUUGCGGUUUGUGUGUGGCUACUCACACCGCUGUGUAUUGCUAUCGUGCGGUCGUUACUAAAGUUGGUUUAACUAGAGAAGCAAGAUACACUUUAAAUUUCCUUCAGCGAACCUUCUCAAAAGGAUCAAUAAAGUUUUAUCCAAUCUAAUCCAAUUUACGACCCAGUUUAAAAGAUGGGUUUGAUCAGUCUUGGGAUGGUAAUAAAGGUGAGUUAGCAUAAACAAUCCAAAGCGUUAGCUUGUUAACAGGAAGAGGAUUUUUUUUUUUCAAAGAUGAUUCAAGUCAUAUUUCUUUAUCUCAGAUUUGGAUCGCAGAGUCACAAAGCUGCUCUGACCAAAGGUAUUUUGGAAUUGGCUGAUAUUGAUGUGAUGGUAAGACAGUUGGUGUGUUCAGCUAAUCGUUUAUGGACUUACUGUAAUAUUCAGUUUCAAACAUGCCUGCAAAUCUAUAUGGUAAAGGAACAAACAAGACCUGAGCAACCACUCAAGAUUUACUCGGUUCUGACAUCAGCAAUUUCUGCAUGUACUUGAAAGAGAAUAACCCCAAGAGUUUGGGUGUACCAUCAGCCAGGACACAAAAUCCAUUUCCAGGUCCAAAUGUUUUUUGUUUACACUUCGUCACUCCUGCUCUUUGUGAGGACUUACGUGUGGGAAAAAAUGCAAAAUAAAAAAUACAUAGUUAGCAACAUGAUAUGAGCUAAUCUACGGAAUCCUUCAUGCAACACUAGAAGAUUAAAAUACCACAAGACACUUAAGCUUGGCUGAAAAUGGUACUGCUGAGCUAAAUGACCCCAGUCACUUUAAAAAAGCUGAAAUUCCUCUCAAGGGGAGCAUGUCAGACUGCAUCCAGGAGAGCCAGAAAGUCCUGCUGGUCCUCAGUCCAGAGUUUGUGAGGAGCCGCUGGUGUCUCCUGGAGGCCAACAUGUCUCUGUUCAGGGACUGCCUGGAAAGGAAGCCAAUAGUUCCAGUGCUGCUGGAGCCUGGAGUCUCUAUUCCUCUCCACCUCUGCCACCUCACCUACCUGGAGGUCAACGACCCUGACUUUAAGAGUAAGCUGCUCAAGGUGCUCUGCACCCCCAACCAACAGCUGCAGGGCUCCACUGUGGUUCCCUUCCAGCCUCCCUCCAUCUACAACGGGAAGGCCCUGCAGCCUUUGUCUGCUGUCAAUAAUGAAAGACUGAACAAAUGGGAAUCAGGUCUGUUCAGUGACAUGGAGGUUCCAGACCAACUGCGCCUGAUCAUUGAGGACCACAACAAGUACAGAGAGGCUGUGAGGAUCAUCAACAGUGUCUCUCAAUACAAAGUGUCGCUGCGCCCACUCUGGGUUAGAAAUGUUAUGUAUGUGAUUGGUGUGUGUUUGUUCCUACUCUUUUUAACCUUUAAUUGGUGUUUACUGUCAGUGUACUCUGUAACUAAUGAUCCAAAUCUUGGUGCAAGAUCUCCAGUAAUGAUCCUUUUUAUCAUUUGCCUGUACAUUAGUCCUGUGGGUAUUCUAAUUCAGCUUUGUCUCUGGACGAGGGAUAGUAAGAAGCACAUUUUGAAGGAAAUGCAGAAAGCUGUAGGCAGAGCAAACAUGAUCCUUUUUGAGGACAAAGUGUUAAUGGGAUGUAUGUCCACUUCUACAAUCAAUCUUGUGUAUGUUUCUCUGGACAGGUGUAAACAAGAGUUUGCAGAAACAUUUUCUGAGCAGGAUGUUGCUGAGGAGAUGUUUCAGAGAGCUAUAAUAUUCUUCUCAUCAGGUUACACCUGCUGCCUUGCUAAAAGGCACUUUCUCUUUACCCAGCCCAGCUCCACUGGUCACCUGGAGGGAGGAGUGUGUUUCUGUCAGUAUGUCUCCCAGCAGCUGAGUACAGAGACAUGGGAGUAGGAAAAACAGUUUUGAUCAGGAUGGACCUGAAUAAUAUCAUUCAGAAUAAGUAGUGAGUCAAAAAAAAAAAACAUUCUUUUUCCUCCUCAUUCUUUUUAUUAAUUUUCUGUUCCUUUAUGUUCUACUCCCUAAAGAAAUUCUGUGUACAAUGGUAGACCAUGAAAUUUUUACAUUAAUUAGUAAAGUUGUAGUCCAGAUUUCUAUGUUGUGAUGACUCAUGUCAACCACUUUUACUCAGCAUUUUAUGGUGCCGAUUGUAUUCAUGCCAGUAUGUGAUCAAGCAGCUGAUCUGAUGAGAGAUAAAGGAAAAAUACCUGACAUAAAAAAAGUGUUCUUGCUGAUUAAACCUUGUUAGAAGACUGGUCCCACUCAGAUGACCAAAAUAUAUGUAUGAUGGCCUCUGUAGAAGGAUAUAUUUUAGCACUACAACUUUGAACAUGUCUCUGUUUCAGCUUUUUUUUUUAAUCACUGUUGUAUUUUUAAUGAUGACACUGCCCCUUUAACAAACCUCUGAAAAAAGGAAAAGUGAGGGUGCUCUCAAGUUUCUGUUUCCUAAGUUUCUCUUUUGCUCAGUGACUCACUGUGAUCACUACUCUUUUUCCUCCCUGUACAUGAAAAGGUAUGGACAUAAAAUCCCUGUAUUUUUAAGAUUGUUUUAGUUUUUAUUCUUAUGAAGGAUAAAGGAUACUGUUGUUGUCUUUGUUUGCAGAAUUUGUGGUACAUAGAAAGCUGUAACUGCAGAAAACUGUCAAAGAGCUUUUUGCCAAUAUUUAACUUUCUUGCCCUUUUUGUCACCGCACAUGUGGUUUUUGUAAAAGUGACUCUGGUAUGCCACAAACCUGAAUCUCUUAGAAAAUAAACUGUUAUGACAAACGUGUGGGAGUGGAGAACUCAAUGUCUGAGUUUAAAUUGACUAAAAAUGUUUUGUUAAUAAUCUGCAGAUCUGAUCAAGACAGAAAUAUUCAUCAGAGGUAAAAAGACAAAAAGUCUUUUAUCUCAAUUGCAUUUUUAUUAAACAAAAACCUGUGUUUUUUGUUUAAAAGAGUCAAAAUAACUCUAAAAGAGAGAGAAAGAGGAUUAUUCACUGAAAGCUAUUUAUGUUUAUGGUUAAGAAUGAUGUGAAGUUUCAAAGAAGCAAUCAGAAGAUCCAGGAAGUGAACAACGUUAAAGCCCCCGAGAAAAACUUUCUGGCAGUGUGGAUUUUGGCAGCUACUGUAGAGAAAGGGGUAUUUCUUAUCGCUUUGUUUAUCUUGUCAUGGACAGUCGUGUUUUCUACAUAACUGUAUAUACUAUGGACAACUUGGUUCCGCCUUCCGCCAGUAUACAGAUUUGAGGCCAAAAAGCUCUCAGUAUUCCCGUUUUUUUUUCCUCAACCUCCUGAAACCAACAUUGCACAGUAUUGUUGUAUGCUUUCGGCGGGAGAGUCGCUGAGAGCUGCUGUGAUGACGCUCGGCUCAAACAGUGUAUCCCCUGGGUAAGCUAUGCAAUCCUUGUACGCCCAUAGGCUGUAUCAAGUGUCAAUCAUAGAAAACAUGAACCCCCUAAUAAUUUAAAAAAAUGGAACUGUAGAGAAAAAAAAGAGGACUUGAGGACAAACCAGUCUGACAAUAACUAUAUGUCAUCAUUACAAGCGAGGGGGAGAAAAAUUCAUAUUCUGUGUAAUUAAUUCCUAAAGUUUGUCUACAACUCCAUUAAUUUCGCUGGAGGAGGUGGGAUUUAUGACCUGUACUGCAGCCCGUCACCAGAGGGUGCUGUUCUCACAGUGGCUUCACCCAGCAAGGAGACAGACGGCGUCCAUUCUAUAUACAGUCUAUGAUUUUCUAACAAAGGAUAUCAUCCUGCAUCUAUCCUUUAAACUGUCAAACACUCUGGUUUGUUGGUUAAGUUGGUUCAAUUGGUUUCUUCAGCUUGCAGUCAAUCAAGUAGUCUGACAUCUACCCUCAAAGCAGUCUCAGACCUUAGAUUUUUUACGAUAACUUUAAAUGCUGAUGGUCCUGUUUGCAUUUGUAGAUUAUAAGGAGUCAUAACUGUUAAUCCCAUCCUGCAGUUUAGUCUGAAACUAUGAUCUUUUUUUGUACAAAUCUGAUCUUGCCUCUAAACUUUUGGCCUGUAGUGUAUAUAUCACCAAAAACGAGUGGUGUUAAAACAAAUAAAAAAUACACUUUCCCCGCUCUUUGAAACAUUAAGGAAGGACUAAUCAAUAUUUUUUUGAAGUAGCAUAGGUCAUUUAAACAUAAUGAAUAGGUUUGGGGUUAGAACUUUGGUGAAAAUACUUGCUACAUGGACAAUUCUUGGGCUGGGUCAAUUUUGAAAAGGAUACAUCCCAGAAAAGGUGAGGAUACAGGAUUUGAAAAGAAUGUGAGAGUUAAAAGAGCUGAAAUUCCUCUCAAGGGGAGCAUAUGGUUAUGUUGAAUGUCAUAGUAAGUUGUGUCCUUGAUUUUAUGAUUAAUGUCUGAUAAAUGUCUUUUUCACUCUCUUCUCUUUAAGUAAUGGAGGAAAUUAAAUCCUUUGAAACUACAGAAAUUCAGCCACAGCCCUCUGGCCCUCUGUCUCCACUAAUCUACACUCCUUCUCCGCUGAGGGAUGGUGAGUGUUACCAUGUCUUCAUCAGCUACAGCAGCACUGACUACCAGUGGACCCACUCCCUCAUUGAGCAGCUGGAGUCCUGCGGCCUGCAGGUCUGCUACCAUGAGCGUGACUUCACUCCAGGACGCACCGUGUUGGAGAACAUGUCAGACUGCAUCCAGGAGAGCCAGAAAGUCCUGCUGGUCCUCAGUCCAGAGUUUGUGAGGAGCCGCUGGUGUCUCCUGGAGGCCAACAUGUCUCUGUUCAGGGACUGCCUGGAGAGGAAGCCAAUAGUUCCAGUGCUGCUGGAGCCUGGAGUCUCUAUUCCUCUCCACCUCUGCCACCUCACCUACCUGGAGGUCAACGACCCUGACUUUAAGAGUAAGCUGCUCAAGGUGCUCUGCACCCCCAACCAACAGCUGCAGGGCUCCACUGUGGUUCCCUUCCAGCCUCCCUCCAUCUACAACGGGAAGGCCCUGCAGCCUUUGAAGGCUGUCAAUAAUGAAAGAAUGAACAAAUGGGAAUCAGGUCUGUUCAGUGACAUGGAGGUUCCAGACCAACUGCGCCUGAUCAUUGAGGACCACAACAAGUACAGAGAGGCUGUGAGGAUCAUCAACAGUGUCUCUGAAAACAAAGUUUGGUUGCGCCCACUCUGGCUUAGAGUUCUAUUUUACCUUUUUGGCAUUUUAUUUUUCUUAAAUUUGGUAGCAUUUUUAAUAUAUUCAUCAGCAGUGUUCUUUAACACUGAUAUUCCAUAUAUUGACCUAAGCAAUGUUGGAGCAUUGGUUCUCUUUUUUAUUUGCCUCUUCAGUAGUCCUGUGGGUUUUCUUAUUCAGCUUGGUCUCUGGAUGAUGGAUAGUAAGAAGUUCAUUUUGAAGGAGAUGCAGAAAGCUGUAGGCAGAGCAAACAUGAUCCUCUUUGAGGACAAAGUGUUAAUGGGAUGUCGGUCCAAUUCCAAAAUCUAUCUUGUGUAUGUUUCUCUGGACGGGUGUAAACAAGAGUUUGCAGAAACAUUUUCUGAGCAGGAUGUUGCUGAGGAGAUGUUUCAGAGAGCUAUAAUGUUCUUCUCAUCAGGUUACACCUGCUGCCUUGCUAAAAGACACUUUCCCUUUACCCAGCCCAGCUCCACUGGUCACCUGGAGGGAGGAGUGUGUUUCUGUCAGUAUGUCUCCCAGCAGCUGAGUACAGAGACAUGGGAGUAG